CGGCGCCGAGGUGCAUGGCGGAGUCCAUGACGGAGGUCCGCAGGGCGUGCUUCAUCGCCUACAGCCAUUCCCGGCUUGUGCACAGCGAGAUCAAGAACGCACUCCUCAGCAUCCGCGUCACCAUCGCCAACACCACGAAGCUGUGCGAGCUUGUGGAAGAGGCGCGCGCCUCUGGCGUGGUGAGCGAGGGGGACGCCGAGUCCCUGCUGCACCCGCUGAGGUAUCAGCUGAAGGAUCUCCAGCAGAUGCGCCGUGGCUUCCACAUCGGGGUCAUACCUGCGCAGUUCAAGAACAUCGUGGCUGAGGCCCACGCCUCGAUGCUGGAGGCCGGCGAGGAGAUGGAUGCUGAGGAGGGCGACGACUCGGAGGGCUCGGCUGCGACGGAUCCGG